AUGGCGGGUUAUAUUAAGGUGGUGAACAGAUCGGCGUCGACGGCGUUCGCGCCGGACGGUGCGUACAUCGCCGCUGGAACGAUGGCGGGGGCGGUGGAUCUGCAAUUCAGCUCAUCCGCCAAUCUCGAUAUAUUCGAGCUUGAUUUCGUGUCAGACGAUCAACAGCUGAUCCUGGCAGGCACUGUCCCGAGUUCUGAGCGCUUCAAUCGGAUUUCCUGGGGAAAGGACCCCGCGAAUUCGGAAGAGUAUUCCCUUGGACUCGUCGCCGGUGGCCUUGUUGAUGGCAACAUUGGGAUUUGGAAUCCGAAGCACCUGAUCUGUUCUGAUCCCAGUAAAAGGGGUUCUGAUGGAAGUGAGAAAGCUUUUGUUGUGAACCUAUCACGGCACAAGGGACCUGUUCGGGGCUUAGAGUUCAAUUCUCUUUCCUCAAACCAACUCCAUCUUGCUUCUGGUGCUGAGGAAGGCGAUAUUUGUAUAUGGGAUGUAUCAAGACCAGCAGAACCAAGUCAUUUUCCACCACUCAAGGGUAGUGGAUCUGCAACACAAGGUGAAAUUUCAUUUUUGUCCUGGAAUAGUAAGGUUCAACACAUACUGGCCUCCACUUCAUUUAACGGAACAACUGUGGUGUGGGAUCUCAGGAAGCAAAAGCCAGUUAUAAGUUUCGCAGAUUCAAUUAAGAGGAGGUGCUCUGUGUUGCAGUGGCACCCUGAUGUUACCACUCAGCUAAUUGUUGCUUCAGAUGAAGACAGUGCACCUUGUCUGAGGCUGUGGGAUAUGCGCAACAUAAUGAAUCCAGUAAAAGAAUUUGUCGGGCACACCAAAGGUGUGAUUGGUAUGUCUUGGUGUCCCAUUGACAGCUCUUAUUUGCUUACCUGUGCUAAAGACAACCGUACUAUAUGCUGGGACACUGUAUCUGGAGAGAUUGUGGCUGAAUUGCCCACUGGAACCAACUGGAAUUUUGAUGUGCACUGGUAUUCUAAGAUUCCUGGAAUCAUAUCAGCAUCUUCAUUUGAUGGCAAAGUCGGUAUUUAUAAUAUUGAGGUAAUUUCUCAUUGUGUGGAACUCAUUUCAGUCUUCAAUAAUUGUUAUUA